AUGUUCGGCUUUCUGCUGUCGUUGACCGUAGCCACGAUCACUGGUCCGACUUCAGUCGUUUCCUAUGAUUUGGUGCGAGACUACUCGGGGCAGACCUUUUUCGACGGCUGGGAUUUCUUUGGGUCUUGGGACAAUUUGACCUUGGGAGACGUAUGGUGGCUGAACAGGAACGACGCGUUCACGCAGGGGCUGGUAUACAUCAACGACGCCCAGCGCGCCGUGCUCAAAGUCGACAAUGUCAGCGACGUACCUUUCAACGAGAAGCGUGCUUCUAUCCGGAUCACGACCCAAGAAGCUUACGGCGUCGGAAGCCUGUGGAUUCUAGAUGCAGUUCAUUUACCAUUCGGAUGCUCGGUUUGGCCCGCCUUCUGGACGAAGGGGACGGGAGAGUGGCCUGACACAGGUCAAUCAUCAUCACUUCUAUGCAUAAUGGAAGGGAUAAACCUGAUGACCAGCAACCAAAUGGCGUUGCAUACACUGCCUGGCUGCACGCACACCACGCCCCCGAACCAAAUGGGCAUCACCCGCGAGAACGAUUGCUCGGAACCCUCGGGCUGCGUGGUUGCAGAAACGUCGCCCGGUAGCCUCGGGGCACCGUUCGCUGCGGCCGGCGGGGGCGUUUGGGCCGUGCAGUUUGAUGUAGCCGGAGUAUUCAUGUGGUUUUGGAGUCGCGCCAAUAUUCCGCCUUCCGUAAUUCAAGCGACGGCGACAUCGCCGAUGGAUGUAUCCCAAUGGGGCCCGCCCUCCGCUAGCUAUCCCUCGACGUCAUGCAACAUCACCCAGUUCUUCAGCGCCCAGAACAUCGUCCUAGAUAUCACGCUGUGCGGUAGCUGGGCAGGCCUUCCGGAGCAGUAUACACCUGCAUGUGGCAGUUCAGGCCCUACAGGAAUAUGUUACAACGACAACGUCGUUGGCCCCGGUGCCCGCUUUGACGACGCAUUCUUCGAAAUAAACUACCUACGUGCAUACACAACUGGAGGCGUCGCUCCAACGCCUAGUGCCGCCCCCACUGCCAUUGGCACGGCUCUCAUUGUAGAUGGGGCGGCUACUAUCACUGCCACUACCAAUGUCCAGUUGACGCCCACCCCAGUCUCCCGUCCAAACGGUGGAGUGCCUGCAGACGAUGGCGAACCCGCAGGAGAAGUCCCUAAUACCUCAUUAGCACAACCAUUACAAAUCCCAAGGAUAUCAGUGCUCGCAUCCCUUGCGGCCCUAUUGCUUAUUGCACUUCCUUCAGUCACGAUUGUAUGA